UCAAAAAUCAAGUUUUUGAACAUUUUUUGGAUUUUUUUUUAAAAAAAUAAUUCUUUCCAUUGCUAGUAGUCUGUAGCAUUUAACGAAGAACCUGAGGAAAGAUAUGCUCUUUGACAGGCUAGAUCAUUUGGAAAGACUAAUGAGAAUUUUUACAGUGUGAUUUAAAGGUCCAAUAAAGUUUAAAAGAGUUGUUGGGUCCUCCAAAGAAGAUCACAGGACUUUAGCCAAUCUUGGAUCUCAGAGAUGUCAGCUCUGGGUGUCUUUUUGGUGCUGGAGGAACCUACCCCAGUUCUUUCCAUAUUAUUUCUACUCUGGUAUCAAAGUUUCUGUUCAAGUAAUGCCUAGGAACACAUCUACUUUCUUACUGAGAUAUACCUGUACUUUCAUCUUUUAUAUUGUAAUAUGCCAUGCUAAGCUUCCUGUUCACACCAUCCAUAUAUGUGAUGUGCAGAAACCAUGCCAAAGGAAGAAUGGUUCUUUUAGCGGCCACCUGUGCAUUCACACAGCAGACUCCUCCUUCCCUUCUAUGACACACCAUAUUUAUUAUGUUCACUGUAGUGUUGUUUUCUUUAACAGAGCAGUUCUAUUAUGCAGUGGAUGAAAGAGGCAGGGAGGUUGCCUAUAUUCUUUGCUCAAGAAGGUUCUGAGGCAGCUCUCUGUAGAUGCAUAGCCCAUAUGUGUGAAUGCACAGGUGGCCACUUAAAGAGCCACAGUUCCAGAUAAGAAAUCUGAGUUCUUUCACAGGACCAAAGAUCACUUGCAGUGCAGUUAUGCAAAUGUUUGCUCAGUAGUAAGCACUGCUAAAUUCAGUGAGAUUUGCUUCAGUGUAAGUAUGUAGUAUAGGACUGCAGCCUUAAGGCACUUCCAUGACAAUUGUAGAAAGGGGUUACAUAAACAACAACAUUGGAAGAUACCAUGAACAAUACUUGGCUGGAAGAUGACUAGCACUAUUUAUUUCAGAUGUAUAUUCCUUCGGGAAAGGCACAUGGGCUGGUAAAGAAGUUGAAAGAGCCAGAGGACCAUAACCGCCAAAGUGCAACCACCGAUUCAGAGCUGUCGGAACUCGAAGACAAAGUGGCUUCUGCUGUGGCUCAGGUUCAGCACACUGAGAGUGAGGUGUCUGAUAUAGAAACCCGAAUAGCAGCUCUGAGUGCUGCUGGUCUGACCGUUAAACCAGUGGAAAAGUCCAAGAAGAAAUCAAGUACCCAGGUAUUUACUCUCCAGCCUCCCAGGAAUGCAUAUAACUCUCUAGAUGAUCAGAGCUCAGACUCUCCUGUUACAGCGUCAUCUGAUGACUUCAAAGUAAUGUCUAUGCCACAUGUGUUAAGGAGAAAAUUCACCUCUUCACUUGACAUUUCAAACAACGCUGAAUCAUUUGCUCGGAACUCCUAUUACAGAGGGUCUUUAACACAGCGAAAUCCCAAUGGAAGAAACAGGAAAGCAGAUCGCAUCUUUGCGAAACCUGUGAUGACCCACCGGUCUUGAAAACAACGAAGAACUUCCAAGGUUAAUGAAGUGGGCCUCAGGCUGUAGGUUUCAUUCCCUCAAUUUUCUGUUUUCCCCCCUCCUUCCCACUUCUCCACGUGCAUCAAAUAUCAAAGGAAAGAAGCAAGCUACUUUUGAAAGUAAUUCCCUGUGCAAUGCUCCUGUGAAGUUUGGGACCUACAUUUUGGACAAAAGCACCCAACCCCAACUUAGUUAUAAGAAAUUUAUUCUACAGAGUUGACUUACUGACCCACAUCUGUUAAAUAAGACUUGUAGCUAAAGUAUUUUUUUCUUCUUCACAUGCUAUUGUAUGUCUGCAUUCUGAUUUAUCUGGAUAUUUGGAUUAAAGUCCUAUUAUCUAGGCCUGUGGUUUAGUCUGACUGGUCCAAUGUGUAAUAUCUACUAUUUGCAUUGCUUUGAACCACCCAGGAUUUAAUGCUGAUAUACAGUAAUCAGAAAGGUGCUGAGACUGGGGUGGGAGUGCCUGUUAGUUCAGCACAGUGAACUAGAAAACAGAAGAUUUGCUUGUUAUGUAUAGCUUUAGCUGCCUUUCAGCGCUUGAUGCAUCUAGAUGUCUACUGGAUUUCCUCAUUCAUGAAAACAACAUGUUUAAUUGAAGAAAAGAGUGCUGUGACACUCUGAAGACUUUUCUUUUAUUGUAGUGCCCUUUUUUGUCAAGUGCUUGCAAUACAUGUGACCAGCUGGAUUCUAGACCAUGGAAGCUUAUGCUGCAAUAAACGCAGUAUCAUACCAUACCCCUGCAAGCAUUUACAAAACUUUGUUGUUUUGGGUAUGCUAGUGCACAUGACAUAGUUGUACACACAUGUCCUAAGAGGAGACACCUCAAAUCUCUCCAAUGCAAGAUAAAAAUAACUGCAUUACAAGGAGGAGGAGGAGGAGGAGGAGUGGGGGAGGACAGAGUGAGAAAUGAAAGAGGAGGUAACAAUUGUAUAAAGACCACAGCUCAUUGGUUGAGCACAUUCAUAUUCAAAAUCCCUGGCAUUUUGUUAAACAAAAAAUCAGGUACACAUGAUGGGAAUAACUCACCUUUUCUUUGGCAAAUUUGGAUAGCCAUUGCCCAUCAGAAUAGACAAUAAUAAGCUACAAGAACAACUGGUUUGGUGUAACAGAUGAGGCAGUUUCCUAUGUUCCUAGCUAUGCUUAUCAACUGUGUCUUAAGCAACCCUGACUGGGUUUUUUCUGUUAUCUAGUACUUCCUUCUAUUUUAUACUAUCAUAUGUAUUCACAGGAUUUUAGGCAGAUAGCAAGAAGCAGGCCCUCCAAUACUGGGGUUUGAUAGAUUCUGAAGAUCCCUCCCCUAAACUGCAACUCCAAGGAUUCCAUAGGAUAAAACCAUGGCAGUUCAAGUGGGAGCAUAGUACUAUAAUUGUACAGUCCCAUAUCUGAUAAAUUCUUCACACAAUGAUGAUAAGAUCAUCUCUGAUAAACUCAGCAAUCUGAUAAACCCAUCAAGAGUGUUAAGGCAACACAUUUUUCAAACAUGAAAAUAGGCAGCAAUAUUGAGCUAUGUUCUGAAGAACAGCAAUUUGCAUGACAAGUGACAGAAUUCCUGCUCAAAAUCCAAUUGUUAAUCCCAGCUAGAGUAGACCUAUUGAAACAUUUGUGUAAGUUCUCUUAAUUCAGAGAGUCUACUUUAGAGUUGCUGGACUAAAAACUAUACCUUUAAAGGUUGUGUAGAAGAAGGAAUGUCAGCAGAUGCUGCUUGUCAUGCAGCCAGGUGAUAUCUGCUGAAAUUUCCUCUUUAAAAGUAGAGGAGCCCUCUCCAGAUUUCACACUGACAACCCUAGUCUCUUUAUUUGGAACUAACAGUUCAGACACCAUUCCUGUUCAGGUGUCUUAAACCUACAUAAGCUAAAUAAAGAUUAUGGGAAGUUGAAGGCCUCAAGUUGCAAUUUCUUUCCUUCAAAAAAUGGUAUCAUGUGCCAAAUAGAAUUGUUGCUUUCCACCCUAAUGUAUAUAUGUAUGUAUGUAUGUUCCGAUCUAGAGCUGCAAUAAAAGUUCAUUAAAUUCUAUAGCUGA